AGGCAGUUGUAGUCGGUGGUAAUCGUUACGGCCGUAGAAUUUUAAGCAUUUAGGCAUAUUCUCUCACUAUUUACAAGAAAAUAGGAAUCAAAAAUGCAGUCAGAUCGUGCCUUUCAUAACUUCCAUUGGCCUGACAUUGGAUUUACUACGAAUUCCAAACAGGACGAUGUCAUGCUCUAUAAGGUACCAAAACCAGAGACAAAAAGGUUAAAUCCAAAAAGGCGAAAGAAAGCAAGAGAAAAAGCUCGCAUAGAGAAAUUGAAGCAAUACACAGGUUAUUCUUCCAGUUUUGUCAGUGCUGGUCAAACUUUGGAUGGAGGAUAUAGCUACUCUGGAGAACAAACUGAAAUGCCAGAGAAUGAAGACAACAGCUUAAAUAUCAGCCAUCAAGAGGUGGAAAAUAGUUCUAAUCCUGAUGGAAAUCAAGCAGAAGUCUCAAACCCAUCAACAGUACGGGAAGAGAUUCAGAAAAAUGCAGAUGCUAGCAGCAAUGUCCAAGAAAUAAAGGAACCCACAUCUCAAGAGGAUAGACACAUGGCAGCCUUGAUUGUGCGUAUUCUUGCGGACAAUAAUUAUAAGUUGGAUGCAGAGGACUUGCAAGAUAAAGUCAACAUGGAACCAUUUCCCUCUGGUUUCAAUGACACUGAAGCUUUUGUCGAGUUCUUGAAACGUUUUAAAGAUGUAUUUUAUUUCAACAAUUCGGAGACAUCGGUGGUGUCAGUUGAAGUCGGAUUGCUGGUGAAUUUAGAAAUCUGUCUUCCUCACACAGGUGGAUACUGUAAGGGAGAUUGCAAUGAACUUCACCUCUGCAAAUUUUUUGUUUUAAAUGCCUGUGAAAUUUGGAAUUGUAAAUUUGGCCAUGACUACGAGACCCCUCACAAUCAGAGAGUGCUCGAGUCCCACUUCAUGCAGUAUUUGUAUCCCGAACAGGUGAAUUCCUUGCUUAGAGCAUUGGUGAACAGGAAAGGAGUGACCGUACCGGGUAUAUGCCGCUAUUACAAUAGUUCUCUGGGAUGUCGUAACACUGAGACUUGCCCUUAUCUACAUGUUUGCACCUACGUUGCCGAGACUUGUAGAUACUAUCCGUUUUGUAAAUUUUCUCAUAACCUGUUAGAUGUGCAGCCAAGAAGUCUGUUAUGGAAAUACGGCAUCAAUAUGAAUUAUGUCAAGAAAGAAGAUGUUUUCAAAGUCCUUUUGAAAUCAGCUGUUACAGAUAACCAAAAUGCAGAUAACAAGAAAACAAUUAAACAAGUUACAACAGGCCUUGUCAAAAAACCCCUUGGAGAGACAGCAGCCUCCAUAGCCAAGUCUGUAGAAAGCACUUUGCCAUACCAGUGGAAGCCCAUUGGUGAUGAAAAUGCCUCUGGAAACUGGAAUGAGUUUACAACAGAGGAAAGUAGAAUCAUUCAUCUAAAUUUGAUGAAGUAUAAGAAAGCAUAUGAGAGAUACUUGAAAUUCAAAAACUAUUCCACCACUUUUGGAGAGAAAAAGCUGUCAAUAGAUUUCUCAAAGAUGGAAGGUGUUAUUGAAAGUGACUCCACUAGCCAGACUGUUGCUCUGAAAAAGAUGUCUAAAGAAGAGAUAGAACAAAGCAAUCAGAAUUGAGGCACUUGACAGAUCAUCUUGAAGAUUUUUUUUUAAAAUUUAAUUUCAAUAUUUUAUGUAGUUCUGAGAAAGAGAAGAGAAAAAUAAAUAAAGAAAAGACGGAAUUAUAAAAAAGAAAGUAAUUUAUGUUGUCUCAGGAUAGAUUGACCUACAUUGUAAGUUGAUUUACAACUUUUAUUACAUUUUCAACAGUGUA